CUUGCCCCCUGGGUGCCUUGGUGACCUGGAGCUCCCACAGUAAAGAUGACAUUGCAGGGAGCGCAGCCCGCGGUCCCUGGGCCGGCACAGAGGGCACGCUGCCCAGGGCCCAGAACUCUGAGCCCCCUUGGCCAUCCUCACCCUUUCUGCCUGCCUCCUGCAGAGCCCAUCUCCGCGCCCAUCCUGGGUCCUAUGACUUUUCUCUCCCUCAACAGUCGGUUCCCGAAUCUGGUCCCCGGCCCCCAGCAGCGCCUGCCCCUUUCCCACCGGGGCCCCCCAUGAUGCCACCACCCUUCAUGCCCCCUCCAGGGAUGCCCCCACCCUUUCCGCCAAUGGGGCUACCCCCCAUGAGCCAGAGGCCACCAGCCAUUCCCCCUGUGCCACCAGGCAUCCUGCCCCCAAUGCUCCCACCCAUGGGGGCGCCACCACCACUCACACAGAUUCCGGGCAUGGUGCCUCCGAUGAUGCCGGGAAUGCUGAUGCCGGCGGUGCCCGUCACCGCAGCGACGGCUCCGGGUGCGGACACCGCCAGCUCUGCUGUGCCUGGGACAGGCCCUCUGAGGGCACUCUGGAGCGAGCACGUAGCCCCCGAUGGGCGCAUCUACUACUACAAUGCCGAUGACAAGCAGUCUGUGUGGGAGAAGCCCAGCGUGCUCAAGUCCAAGGCAGAGCUGCUGCUGUCUCAGUGUCCUUGGAAAGAGUACAAGUCGGACACAGGCAAACCUUACUACUACAACAACCAGAGUAAGGAGUCCCGCUGGACCCGGCCCAAGGACCUGGAUGAGCUGGAGGCUCUAGUCAAACAAGAGGCUGCAGGAAAGCAGAAGCCGCUGGCGCCACAGACACUGCAGCCCCAGCCGCCUCAGCCCCAGCCUGACCCCCCUCCUGCACCUCCCGGCCCCGCGCCCACGUCCUCAGGCCUCCUGGAACCCGAGCCGGGUGGGAGUGGAGACUGUGAUGUGGCGGAGGCCGCCCAGCCGCUGGAGCAGGGCUUCCUGCAGCCCCCGGAGGAGGGCCCCAGCAGUUCUGCCGCGCAGCAGCAGCCGCCACAGCAGGAGGAGGAGGAACCCAAGCCCGAACCCGAGAGGUCUGGCCUCAGUUGGAGCAACCGGGAGAAGGCGAAGCAGGCGUUCAAGGAGCUGCUGAGGGACAAGGCCGUCCCCUCCAAUGCAUCAUGGGAGCAGGCCAUGAAGAUGGUGGUCACUGACCCCCGCUAUAGCGCCUUGCCCAAGCUGAGUGAGAAGAAGCAGGCAUUCAAUGCGUAUAAGGCGCAGCGGGAGAAGGAGGAGAAGGAGGAGGCCCGGCUGCGGGCCAAGGAGGCCAAGCAGACGCUGCAGCGUUUCCUGGAGCAGCACGAGCGCAUGACUUCCACCACCCGCUACCGGCGGGCAGAGCAGACCUUUGGCGAGCUGGAGGUUUGGGCCGUGGUCCCCGAGAGGGAUCGAAAAGAGGUGUAUGACGACGUCCUCUUCUUCCUGGCCAAGAAGGAGAAGGAGCAGGCCAAGCAGCUCCGGCGCCGCAACAUCCAGGCCCUGAAGAGCAUCCUGGACGGGAUGAGCAGCGUCAGCUUCCAGACCACGUGGUCGCAGGCCCAGCAGUACCUCAUGGACAACCCCAGCUUUGCUGAGGACCAUCAGCUGCAGAACAUGGACAAGGAGGAUGCGCUGAUCUGCUUCGAGGAGCACAUCCGGGCUUUGGAGAGGGAGGAGGAGGAGGAGCGGGAGCGGGCCCGGCUCCGGGAACGGCGUCAGCAACGCAAGAACCGGGAGGCCUUCCAGACCUUCCUAGAUGAGCUGCACGAGACAGGGCAGCUGCACUCCAUGUCUACCUGGGUGGAGCUGUACCCAGCAGUCAGCACUGACGUCCGCUUCGCCAACAUGCUGGGCCAGCCGGGCUCCACCCCUCUGGACUUGUUCAAGUUCUAUGUGGAGGAGUUGAAGGCACGGUUCCAUGAUGAGAAGAAGACCAUUAAAGACAUUCUUCAGGACCGGGGCUUCUGUGUGGAGGUGAACACGGCCUUUGAGGACUUCGCCCACGCCAUAAGCUUUGACAAGAGGGCUGCCGCGCUGGACGCAGGCAACAUCAAGCUGACCUUCAACAGUCUGCUGGAGAAAGCAGAGGCGCGGGAGAGAGAGCGGGAGAAGGAGGAGGCGCGCAGGGUGCGGCGCCGGGAAGCGGCCUUCCGAAGCAUGCUGAGGCAGGCCGCACCUGCUCUGGAGCUGGGCACCGCCUGGGAAGAGGUCCGCGAGCGCUUUGUGUGUGACUCGGCCUUUGCGCAGAUUACUCUGGAGUCGGAGCGGAUCCGGCUCUUCCGCGAGUUCCUGCAGGUGCUGGAGCAGACCGAGUGCCAGCACCUGCACACCAGAGGCCGGAAGCAUGGCAGGAAAGGCAAGAAGCACCAUCACAAGCGGUCGCACUCACCCUCAGGCUCCGAGUCCGAGGAGGAGGAGGUGCCCCCACCAUCCCUCCGGCCCCCCAAGCGGAGGCGGCGGAACCCCUCAGAGUCCGGCUCGGAACCCUCUUCCUCACUUGAUUCGGUUGAGAGUGGGGGUGCUACCCUUGGAGGACGGGGCUCCCCGUCCUCUCACCUCCUCCUUGGGUCAGCAGACCAUGGCCUUCGGAAAGCCAAGAAACCAAAAAAGAAAUUGAAGAGAAGACACAAGUCGAACAGCCCUGAGAGUGGGAGCGGGCCUGAGGAGAGAGCUGGCAAGGAGAGUGAGGAGCAGGACCAGGACAAGGCCAGGGAGCUCCGGCAGGUGGAGUUCCCUCGCCACGCCCCCGGCCUCGGCAUCAAGAAGGAGAAGACAGGCUGGGACACAUCGGAGAGCGAGCUGAGCGAGGGCGAGCUGGAGAGGCGGCGGCGGGCGCUCCUGCAGCAGCUGGACGACCACCAGUGAGCAGCCGCGCCGCUGCCACAGCCUGCUGAGGGCCUGGCUCCAGCUGCCAGACCCCUCCUCGGUCUGGUCUGUGUCCGCUUUUCCUGACCUCCCGGCCCCACCCCUCCACCUGCUAGCACCUCUCAGGGCUGCCCUUGGUGUUGUGGGCCCCCAGCCCCAGAGAGCUAGUGCAGCCCUCGCCCUCGGCCCCAGAGUGGGGUGGUACCAGUGAAGCGUGAGCCAGGGGCCUCCAGGGAAGAGUGACGGACAGGCUGGUGGACACAGCCUGGGCGGCAGAGGGCUGGGCCCUCGCCCUCUACCGACACCCUCCAGCCCGCUCCUGCCUGCCCUGGCCCUGGGCCUCCACCACGUCCUCCUCCAGCCUGGGGACCCGAUGUAUGUGUGUUUUGGUUUGGUUUGGUUUUCGUUUUUUAAAUAACAAUAUUUAUAACGCAGCUGGAGACUCGUCUUC